CGGUAGUUCGUACUUAUGAUCGGUAUCGGUAUAUUGAAUGAAGCAGUGACAGCAAGUGUCAGUAACAAUUGGUUGUACAUCGCUAUAAAGUCAUGUUUUUUGUGAUUUCCAAUUUGUUUGUUUAAAUUAUCUUGUUUGAAUUACUUAAUCGACAUCGAAGUACAAUUUAGUCCCAAUUGUAGAAUGUAAAUAUAUUAUAAACUACGUAAAAGUGAACAAAAAAAUCAAACCUUCGGUCAGUUGUACACGAUUAGAUUAUUAUGUUUAUACGAGAAAAUUAUGUCAUCUAUCUAACAUUAUCUCUAAGUCAAAGAUAACCUGUUAUUUCGUAAGGGAAAAGGUGAACUAAAACAUUCUUGCAACAAUACUUUAAAAUGCCAAGUUCACACUUGUAUGCCAUAAACAAUGAGGGACGUGUAUUCGGACUUUCAACAUCUGGGAACAUGUGGAGAGAGUUUAUGUACCUAGGUCUUGAAUUCAAACAGCUGUCAGCAGUUCCACAUUUCAUGUGGGCUAUUGGAGGUGACCGUCAAGUUUAUGUACAUGUACAUGGUUUAGAUGUACCUAUAAGAAUUAAAGAAGAGAUAUACGAAAACGAGCGUUGGCUUCCUUUAGAAGGAUUCAGCGGAAGAUUAUUACCUACGGAUAGGUAUAACUUUUCUAGUCAAGAUGGUACAGUCGAUCGUAGUCGAGAUAAGGUUAAAUUGCCAUCAAUGGCUUGGCAAUGGGAAGGUGACUGGCAAAUAGAGACCACUUUGGAUGGACAACCGUUGGAUCAUGAUGGAUGGACGUAUGCGGUUGAUUUCCCGGCUACAUAUAGCACUAGAAAACAGUGGAAGUCAUGUGUCAGACGGAGGAAAUGGGUUCGUUAUCGAAGAUACAGUGCCAUGAAUUCGUGGUGUGCUAUUGCACCUCUUCACAAAGAUGCAACAGAGGAACCAUUUAUUGACAUAUCUGUUGGUGGAAAUCAAAUUCCUGGAGGUAAUCCUGGAUGCCUAGUAGUCUGGGCAGUAACUGCUCAUGGGAGGGUAAUGUUUCGUGUUGGUACGAGUACUACCUGUCCUGAAGGGCAGAGGUGGAGUGCUAUAAAAUUACCAAAUAGUUUUGAGGUAUGCCAAAUUAGUGUUGGAAUAACUGGUCUUGUUUGGGCUGUACUAAUGGUUGGCAAAGCACUGGUGCGUACAGGUGUUACUAGAGAAAAUCCAAUGGGAGACGAGUGGACUGAGAUUGAACCUCCGCAAAAAGAUUUGAAAUUAGUACAAGUUAGUGUAGGUACAGAUUCUGUUUGGGCAGUAACACAAGAUGGUAGAGUGUGGUUUAGGAAAGGUAUUAAAGGUGAAAUGAGUGGAGUUUGUGAACAAUUAGCUACUGGUACUGGCUGGGUAGAAAUGUUGAGUAAAAUGUCUCUAGUAUCAGUUGCCCCGAACGAUCAGGUCUGGGCCAUUGGCCACGAAGAUAGGUGUUUAUACUAUCGCACUUGUAUCACACGAUCAGAACUAACAGGUAAAAAAUGGAGAUCAAUAAACGCACCUCUCCAACUUAGCAGAGCAAGCAGUAAUGCCAGUUUAACGUCAAGUAACAGGCAUAGUAUGUGUGGUACUCCUCAGCAACAGAGACAUCAGAGUUGGGGUUCAUUGAAUCGACCACACAGUACUAGCGAAGGUACAACAUUGGUUAGAGAAUGGGAAGAACAAUCGCGAUCGGCGCCAACACCGACAUCCUUAAAAUUAUGGCAACGAUCAAACGAAGGCGCUACCAAGAAUCCUCAACAAACAUCUUUCCAGGAUAUAUACUUGAAUGAAGGAAAGAAAAAAUCCACACAGUCAUUGGAUAUGGGUGACCUUACUGAAGCUAGUGUUGCAAAUAUAACUAUAUCAAACGAAUCACUCACAAAAACUGGAGAAUCCAUAGUAGUUUCUGGAAAAGGCAUGAGCAGCACUGUCAAGAUUAAUCCAGCUGCUUGGAGUCCUGUUCAUUCAGUUGGGUCUAUGGUAGGCGUGGAAGCUCAUCCAGAAACGGAUGGUAGCAUAUUUGAUCCUGAUUUAACAAGCGAUUCUGGUGUUUAUGGAGAAGAUGAAAGUUCUGGCGCAAUGUAUUGGGCUGAAUGCGAUGCUUCCUGGUACAAAGUAGAAGCUGGGGCAUGUUUCGUAGAUCCAUCAAAUCCUCCAAAAUGGAUUGCAGACACUAAUGGUACAAGUCAUGGAGAUAUAGGAGAACCAUGGAGAAUACAUAUUUUAGAUGAGUUGAAAAAAAGAUUGCAAAAAAUACAAUAUGAUCCGUUAAUAUAUGAAAAAGUAGUUGAAAAGUCAUCUUGGGUAAAAAAUGGUGACGCAAAAUGUAAAGUUAAAGGCAGCACUACAUAUGAAGACUGUAUUAUCGAAUUAGAAUGGAUAAGUAGUGACAGUGGUUCCUUAGAUUCGGGAACUAUAACUAUUUUAAAUGCAAAUGGAGCGACAACAAUCGUUCAAUUUCCUAUAUCUGAAAUUAUGUGUGCAGUGUGCUGUAGCGAACCAGGUAGUCCAAGAAUAGCAAUUCAUACUCCUCGACUAGCUCGUCUUAAAGUUCUUAGGCUGCAAUUUUUUAGCGACACUGAUAUGGAAGAUUGGCUAAAUCAUUUAACUUCAGUUUCUUGCCAGAUGAAUAACGUUUAUGGGAGGCCGGGACCUAAUUCAAUUUGGACCACGACUGCAUUAGGAGAUGUGUACGUGUAUGAUCCGACUGCUGCAGAAGAAAAUCAGUUACUUAAUGAUGGUUACGUACAAGAAUUAGAUGUAGCAGGGAAAGAAUUACCAUUUGAGUGUAUAUUACAAAACGGUUUUGGGAGCGGUAGUUCCCUUAAAGUUACAGUUUGCAUACAUGAUGAUGCUGAUAGGUUAUCGUUUAAUCUUGUCUGUUAUACGACGACAUCGUUGAAACAAAAAAACAUGAUGGAUACUCACGACGUAGCUUUACAUUUUAAUCCACGACUCAAAGAGAACGCAAUCAUACGCAAUACAUAUCAGAGUGGACAGUGGGGUGAUGAAGAAAGAAAUGGAAAUAGUCCAUUGAAAGCUGGCUCUGAUUUCAUGUUAGAAAUUGUUUGUGAUGCGCGGGGAUACAGGAUACUUAUCGAUGAUAAAGAAUUUACUUUUUACAACCAUAGAAUAGCACCACAGAGUAUCACUCAUUUAAGAAUUAAGGGACUAAUGACAUUAUGCAGUGUACUUUAUAAAUCUCCAUCUGUAAUCAUUGAGCCAAUGUCAUUAUUUUGGAGACAAAUGGGUGGCCACUUGAAAAAGGUUGAAACCUGUUCUGUCGGUGUGACGUGGGGAAUAGGAUAUGACAGUACUUCAUGGGUUUAUACCGGUGGAUGGGGUGGUUUAGUUGUAAAAGGUCUAGAUAGCAAUACAGGAAUAAACUCUAUGGUGGAUACUCAUAAUUAUUAUGUUUAUGAAAAUCAACGUUGGAAUCCGGUAACUGGAUACACUUCCCAUGGUCUUCCAACAGACCGCUAUAUGUGGAGCGAUGCGACGGGACGUCAAAAACGUACACGAGAGCACACUAAAUUGUUAUCGAUGCACUGGCGUUGGGUAUCAGACUGGAUAGUAGAUUUUCAUACUCCCGGUGGUGUGGACAGGGAUGGCUGGCAGUAUGCAACUGAUUUUCCUUUUCAAUAUCAUGGAAAAAAAUAUUUUACUGACUAUGUCAGAAGACGAAGAUGGUUUCGAAGAUGUCAAUUAACGACUAGUGGCCCCUGGCAAGAGUUAGGAAAUACAAAACUACUCGAUGUUUCUUUAUACGCAACUGGAAGUCCUGGUACAGACGCGCAAGUGUAUAUAUGGGCAGUGGCUUCUAACGGUGAAGCUUUAUUUAGAAGAGGCGUUUCAGAAUCGUGUCCAAUGGGAGUUUCAUGGGAACAUAUACCAAGUGAUCAGGCUUUAGUAGGUAUUUCGUGCGGUCCGGCUGGUCAAGUGUGGGCUGUAGGAAGAAACGGUUCUUCAUACUGGAGAUUAGGAAUCAAUAUUGCGAAACCCACUGGUACGCAAUGGCAAAACGUUGAGCCGCCAUCAGGUGCUCACCUAAAACAAAUAUCUGUAGGAAGAAAUGUAGUGUGGGCGUUGGACACCAAUGGUAGAUUAUCCGUGCGUCGUGAUGUGCAACCGAACGUUUUCCCAGAGGGAACCUACUGGCAAACUUUGCCUGCGAUGCCGAAUGAUCCUAUUCAUAUAGACAAAUGUAAGAUGCCCUCCCCAAAGGCCGUAUUUCGUGGAAAACUCUGCAAGUUAUCCAAUAAAAAACGCUUUGCGUUGGGAAACGCUGAUAUAAACGACACACCUGUUUAUUUAGACACAUUCUCUGACCCCUCUGACAUAGAUAUGUCUGUCAUAAAUGCAAAACAAGGUUUUAGACAUGUAGCUGUCGGUAAAGAGCAAGGACAAGUAUGGGCGAUUUCUGGUGCAGGAAUACUUUGCCGUAGAAUUGGAAUCAGCGACGAGAAUCCAGCUGGAACUGGUUGGGCGACUGGGAUUGGGGCGAAUUGGCAAUACAUAACCGUGGGAGGACUUGUAAAUAGAGCGAAAUAAACAAUUCGUUUUUUUUAGAUCAAUGAUGAUUCCUGUAAUAAAUUACAUGAAGUAUUAUUAUAUUAUUAUCUAGCAAUGUGAUACUCUAGCUUUCUAUUCUCAUAGGAAAUUUUUUCACCGAUAUGAGAAGUAUAUGCAUAUACGUACGGGAUAAAUGUUUUCUAUAAUGUGUAAGACUUCGCUUUGCAGUUCACUCGACCUUAUGGUGUAAGCUUGAAUCGUGACAAAUUCAUGAAAUGAAAACAUUAUCUAUAACGUACAAAUGAUUAUGCCAACUGUACAUAUAAUUGUGUUUGCAUUUGGUACAAUUUUCAUUUUGUUUUUGCUUUGUAAGAAGAAGUCACGCGAAACACAAAGUAACAGAAUUAUGAAAAGAAAAUUACUAUAAAAUUUGUCCUUUA